AUGCCAAUAGAAGAUCCACGCUUACGUUUACGACGGGCUGCCCGCGAAGGUAACCUAGAUCUUAUAAAACGACUUCUUGCAAAAACAAACAUGCAAAAUCCUGACCCCGAAAAUGGAUGGACGACCUUAAUGUAUGCUACAAGUUGCAGACAUGAUUAUGUCGUUGAAUACCUUCUUCAACAAGGACAUGAAGAUUUAGAGCUUUCAAGAGACUUUGAAAAUAACACUAUACUAAUGAUAGCUGCAAAAUAUAAUUCUUUGGAGAUUUUGAAAAUAUAUGCUACACUUUUUCCUAGCAGUGUUAAUAUGGUUAAUAAGCAAGGACAGACAGCUCUUAUAUUUGCUUCCAAACUUGGUAAUCUUGAUGCAAUUAAAUUAUUGUUAGAAUUUGAUGCAGAUAUUAAUCAAACAGAUUUUGAUGGGAAUACUGCAUUACAUUAUGCUGCAGCUUGGAAUCAAUUUCAAGCAGUAACGAUGCUAAUUGAGCAUGGUUGUCAAUUUGCCAGCAAAAAUCUUUCUGGAUGGACUGCAUUAGACUAUUCAUACUCAGUGGAUAUGAAGGCACAUUUACAAGAAUGUGCUCGUGCUUAUCAUGAAGAAACAAAAAAUAACAGAAAACGCAACCUCAAAAUUACAGUUGAUUCAAUUAUAUCACUUGAUUCAAUACCAGUAACAACUCGAUCUGCCACCUUUCCAUUAGCAAAAGCAAAUAUUGAAUUAACACUGGAAAAUAACAAUCAAGGAAAUUAUUCCUAUUCAAGUGGUUCUUUAUCACCAAAUGAUUUGAAUUUAAUAAAAAGGAAAGAAUCUUUACCAUGGUAA